AUGUCGUUUGCGAACCUGGAUACGCCAAACUGGCACGGGCUUCCAACAUCCGCGGAGUCCUCUGUCCCGAGUGAUAGCGUCACUGCAUCGUCAGCAUCGUAUGAAAGCCCUGCUUCUAUGCGGAUCAAUCAAGGUGAUGUUGAUGGGCGAGGUUUUGAGGCUCUCCAGUCCAGGUCGGACUCGGCCAGCGCCUGCAACAUCCUUACGCCUCUAUCAAGUUGGCCACGUAUGGAAGAAGCAUCAUCACUUCAGCUGCCAUCAACCUUCUUUGAGCCCUAUGUGCGACUCUUCGUCGACAGAUUAUACCCAAUUUUCCCCGUCCUUGACUCUCAGUACUUGUUAGGCCUAGUAGUGCAUUUAGAUGACAAUGCAGAACCACCAUCGAUAACAAAAGCCGAGUAUGCGCUCCUGUCGUCUCUCACCGCCGCAACCAUUGUACAGCUCAACAUGGAAGACUCUUCAACUGUACCAGGAGUUAUUAGUCCGUGUGGUGACGAAUCUGAUCACCGGUCCGGCUCUCACGGUAUCCAAGUGCCUUCGUCGUCGGCGCAGUUUUUCGUUUCUCAGUGUCGACAGACGCGCCAAGAAUAUGACUUUAUCCAAGAGCUGGACGAAUCAACCAUUCUGACAUCUUUUUUCCUCUUUGCUUACUAUGGUAACUUGGAUCAAAGUCGACUGGCUUGGUACUAUCUACAUGAAGCCAUUGGCUUUGCCCAAUCGCUGGGUUUGGACAACCCCGAAACCUACAUUGACUUGAGCACAGCAAUGCAGCAGCAAAGAUGCCGAUUAUUUUGGCUUCUAUUCAUUUCAGAAAGAGCAUUUGCCAUUCAACACCGACGGCAAGUUGUGCUACGGCCGUCGAUUGAUUUCCCAAAGGUGUUCGACUCACACAAUCCAAAGCUCAUAUAUGGCUUUGUGGCGCUUACAAAGGUUUUCAAAUCCAUCGAUGACGACUUCAUUUCACGGUGGAGAAGUUCCCAUGACCAUCACCGUGGUGAAGUGGUGGACUAUCACAAGACAACGGCAAGUCUCUUGAAUGACUCGGAUCUAGCAGGCGUUCUUUCGAUAUCAGAAAUAGAUGAUACGCAAAAGUUGGACGUCUUGGUCACUCAACAGUGGCUUCGCAUUCUUGUGUAUCAGAUCCACCUCCGACGACCACCAUCUUCAUUUUCAUCUUCAGCCAACCUUGAGCAAAACACAUCCGAGGCACGGGGGAAAAAGCCCAAGCUCGCUAGCAGCAAGUUUGACUAUCGCCACAUUGUCGAUACUUGCAAGAAUUUGAUGCAGGUGCUCUCCAGGGCAAAUAGAGUGUUGCUCGAAGCGCACGGCAUAGGCAUGGAACAAAAGAUAUCAGACGCGGCAAAUUGUCUUUGUGACGUUCUCACGAGACAGGCGGCCAGCGAUAUUAGCAAUGAAAUGAGCCAUCGUGCUCCUGAGUUGCUGCACCGCUACAUGGUUUUCUUGUCUUUCUUUCGUAAUCAUGAAAGCCAAUAUUUCCAGCCAUUACAGCAAAAGGCCGGCUUGGUCUUGACGCAAGGCUUGCACAUGUCGUGCCUGCCAAUGCAUGACUGUUCAGUUGACCAGAUGCCACCACAUUGUCAAGGCGGCGGUGGCGGCCAGAUUUAUGCUGAUGAAGAAGCUAGCCCGUCCAGUUAG